AUGCUAGUGAAGCCUGCUACUAUGCUCUAUGUUCCGGAACACCGAGAAAAUCCAGUUGAAGGGGAUAAUUCUGUGCAUUGCAUUUCACCUAUGUUGCCAUCUGUGAAAUCAGAAUCAAACCAGAAUCUCAAAAUAUCUUCAGCAGCAUCUGUUUGUUCUCGACGUCCUUCAGCAAUUAGUCAAACUAUUCAUAUUGGUGCUCCAGUAAUCGGUUUUCUCGGUCGCAAAUGUUAUUCCAAACGUCGCGGUUCACAACCAACUCUUACUCCCAAUACUAAUAAAACAGCAAAUGAUUUAGCACUACAUUCUCGAAUUACUACUAGUCAUGCUCAUCAAGUUCAAAAGAUAUCCCCAGUUGAAGAAAGGCAAUCAAGCAAGAUAAUUCGUCUCACGAUUCCUUCAGCGAAUAUAGCACCGGAUCAAAAUUCACAAUGUUUCACGAAACGUGUUAGUUGGUUAUCUAUGAAGAAUUUUCGAGAACCAGAAUCACUGAUUGGCAUUGAUGUGACAAAUAAUAAACGGAACCGCAGACAAUCAGCUAUAUUUGAUUCGGGUAGUGAAUCUUUAGGAAGAUUUGGUUCUCGAAUAAGCAAUCAGUUUGGUUCAGUUCUUCAGUUAGAUGAUGGAAGUCUGCUAGAUAGGGAAACUGACUCUCUGCCUUUGGAUUCUUUUAGCUGGAGUAAUUCAGAUGAAUAUGAUAAUGUGACAUUGAUGUAUGCAAAACAUGAAAAAAUUCCGAUGAAGGAUUUCGGAUCAGAGAUUCGAGCAACGAUGGACAUCGAUCAUUUACUCAAUAAAUCCGUUUUAUUACUUGAUUUGCAAGAAACUUCUCUAGAAGAAAUUUUUGCAAAAAUAAUUCAUGAAAUGGAUAUCCAAGAACCAGAAUUCACCAGUGAACAAGUACGAUCAGUGCUUUUUACUCAAGACUCAGGAAAUCAGUUUCACAUAUUAAGUCGAACAGUCCAAAGUAUUUGCACGACAGGUACUGGUGGUAGUACAUUCGAUUAUGAUCAGUCAUGGAUUUGUGCUUUGUGUAUGUUAAAUACAGUUCAGCAUAGGCAUGUAGCUAUCGCUCGACUCAGUCAUCCAACCAAUUUAGGUCGUACAAUGCAAGAUCUUCGUUUUAUCAUUAUUGUCAUUGCUCCAUCACGCGCGAAAGGAACUAAGACAGCACUUGAAACAACGCGAACUUUUGCGACUCUAUUCGCAGAUAUGGAUAUAAGGCAACGAUUGGUUAUGGCACAAACUGUCGAUCAAUUUAGAUCAACACUGCUAUCAGCUGCAAAAGAUUUGGCUGUUGAUCAAAAUCAGUGGAGAGAGAGGAAAACAUCAAUUCAUUUUAGUCAAGCUAAAGAGCAGCUAUUUGGCCCAGGGAAAUGGUACCUUUUUCGAGGACUCAGUAAUGAUUUCUUUCGUCGAAUCAAACAUUAUGGCUCAGAUUAUUUGGAUGGGAUACGUGGUUCGAAAACAAUUCAAAAAUUGUUUAGUUCUAUAGUUUUCUUAUAUUUUGCAUGCCUUCUACCUGCGAUUGCUUUUGGUGUUCUGAACGAUGAUAACACAAAUGGAAGCAUUAACGUACGUAAAGUGAUUACUGCUCAAGCACUUGGUGGAAUAUUUUUCGCAAUAUUUGGUGGCCAGCCAAUGAUUAUAUUGCUCACUACAGUACCAUUAGCAAUAUAUAUUAAAGUGAUAUACAAAAUAGCAGAGGAACUUGGUUACGACUUUUUUGCAAUGUAUGCCUGUGUUGGAUUAUGGUGCCAAUUUUUCCUUAUUGUUUAUGCAUCAACUGAAAUGUGCAGCUUGAUGAAGUUAGCUACAAGAUCUGCAGAAGAAAUGUUUUCGCUUUUUAUUGCAAUUGCUUUUACAGUGGAAAGUAUACGAGCGCUUCAUACAAGUUUUAACAAGAAUUAUCAUAAUUGCGAUAGUAGCAAUGAAAGGAAAAAGGGUAACGGUGAAUCUGACGUUUUGUCUUCCUUCCGUCUCAAUUCAACACCAUUUGCUUCUGUUGUCAACAAUAUAGCUGAAACAAGUACACCAUUACAGAUGUACGAGAAGCCUUGUCAUCGAGAUACUUCAAUUUUAUAUGUGCUACUUAUGUUUGGUACAUUGUGGCUAGGUCUUUUUUUGUACAAUUUCAGGAAGACGCCUUAUUUGACCCGAUCGCGUCGUGAAUGGCUUGCUGAUUAUGCGCUUCCUGCUUCAGUUCUCAUUAUGUCAUUUACGGGUGCUUACUGCUUUUAUGAUAUUGAAAAAGACAAGUUUAAAAUGCGCACUAACGUAGCUACAUUUGCUAUCGCACCAGUUUUUUCGUUACCUUGGCAAGGUUACUUUGUCUGCUUACUCCUUGGUUUCUCAUUAUCGUUUCUUUUCUUCAUGGACCAAAAUAUCACCUCAGCUAUUGUAAAUAAUCCACAAAAUAAAUUAAAGAAAGGAGCAGCUCAGAACUUGGAUUUGCUUGUAGUUGCAGUAUUGAAUUGUUUCUUGUCCAUGAUGGGUUUACCGUGGAUGCAUGGCGCAUUACCGCAUUCCCCUUUACAUCUGCGAGCAUUAGCUGACGUAGAAGAACGUGUACUCCAAGGGCAUGUCCAUGAAGUGAUAAUGAACGUACGUGAGACAAGGCUAGCCUCGCUAAUAGCACACUUAUUAAUAUUAAUUUCAACAUUCACGUUAUUGCCAUAUCCUUUACGGUGGAUACCAACUUCCGUCUUGCACGGAUUAUUUUUGUAUAUGGCGCUUACCUCGUUGGCUGGUAAUGAAAUGUUCGAACGAUUAUUAUUACUCAUUACCGAACAGGCAAUACAUUUAGUGCAUUAUUUUGAAAAAGUUGCAACAAUGAAUCAAGCUUAUCCACCAACUCAUUACAUCAGGAAAGUUCCUCAGCGAAAAGUACAUUUAUUUACUGCCUGUCAACUUGUGCAGCUUUUAUUACUUUGCGCAUUUGGAUUUUCACCUUAUCCAUUUAUUGAAAUGAUUUUUCCUAUAGUCUGUUUCUUCUUUCUACCUAUCAGACAUACAUUGAUACCACGAUUAAUUGAUUAUAAAUAUUUGGAUGCAUUGGAUGGAAGACAUUAG